UCCGCCAAAAUGACAACUCAGACUGAUAAUGAAGCGGUAAAAUCAAACGACCCACAUGACAUCAAUUUCAACACUGAACAAUUUCAACUCAUUGACGACGAUGACGACGAAUUGCUGUCACAUUAUAUUUCAAAAAUUGAAGAAAUCACAGAAAAAUGUAUAUCAGCCAUCAAUACAGUUGGUACAAGUGAGGAUGCUGGAUUGGCUGUCACCAAUGCUGGGUUGGUAUCGAGUCAUUCAGCUACCAGCUCAAGUUCUACAUGCUGUAAAUCGAGAUCUGAAGCAGAGUCUACAAGCCCCUUGAUCAAAGGAGAAAAUAGAUGCUCCACCAAUCCUCCGAGCAGUAUUGACCAUUCCAACAAAAAGACGGCUGGUCGUCCGGGCAGCAAAGAUUCAACUGACACAGCAUGUAAGCAGGUCAGUUCUGACCAAACAGGUAUGGCAAGUUCCAAGGUGGGACAGACCGACAAAACAGACACAUCCAGUUCUGUGGUCAGUACUAACAAAACAGAAAGACCCCGGGUCAUUAUUGACCAGACAGGCAGCAUCAGUCCGUUGGAAGACUUCCGGCCAGGCUACCUGUGGGUGUCAGACCUCACCAAGCAACAUUGGUGUGAACAGCAACUGUUGUACAGCUUCACGGUCCCUGGCGUGCUAGUGGAGGACCCCGUCAUGACAAAGGGCUCCAACCUUCACCUUCAAAGAGAGCUGGCAGUUCAUGAUGUUGUCAAAGUAGACAUCACAUCUAGUGAAGAUAUAUGGGCUGUGAAGAUGCUGAACCUUCUAAACUCUGUGCAGGCAUUCCUCAAUGGAUCGCCAUUAGCAAGAGAGGUCCCCAUAUUUGGAGCUCCUUUUCAGGAAGAUGUUUUUGUGGUAGGACUAAUUGAUGAGCUUCGAUUUGACCUAGAAACCUAUGCUAUCGGCUUGUCAGAACUAAAAACUAGACUUUCAAGGACUAAACCUUCAAAGUCUCAGGAAAAACAGCACAGAUUACAGGUCAUGUUGUACAGGAAACUGUUUGACGAUCUCGUUAAAGGAAAUGUUACGAAGGAUGUUAUAGCUCGCCAUCUACGACUUAAGUUGACAAAAGAGUUAGGGGAGGGUGUCCAAGGAGAACUUGGUAAGUCAGGAUUGUCGUGUAAGACACUUGAUUCUUUACUGGAUGUUGUGUUUGGAAGGAUGGCAGCAGUCACAUGUAUUGUUGAAACUAGUGUUGAAUAUGUCCACCAGGAGUCAGGGCAAUCAUUUCUUCAUCAGGAUGUUGUGUACGACGAAGAGGAACUGAAGAAGCUGUAUCGUCAUUACUUGGGAUUCUGGCGGGGACAGAGGGCAGUAGAGGGGGUUGACAUUGAGGAUGCGUGGAAGUGUCAACGCUGUGACUACAAGUCCGUCUGUGAAUGGAGGGAAGUAAAAGCAGCUGAAUGUGCCAGAAAGAACAAAUUAGGUAGAAGGUAGCUGACCUUGCCUCAGAAAUAUGUUGAUUGAUCUAAAAUGCAUAUACUACCCAGGACUGUGAUGAUGUCUUUGCAAACACUUUGUUAGCUCACCUGGUAUUUCACGUAAAAAUAUAGGGCCUGAGAGUAAAGAUUGUUUUAUCAUAUAUAAAAAAAAAACCCACACAAAUCUUGAAUUUUUGGCCAGUAUAUUGACCUUUUGAUUUUUACGCUUACAGAAUCUCGCAUCUGUGCAUUUAUUACAUUUGGAGUCGGUUGGCAGUCAUUGUCGGAUACCUAGGGUCAAUUGCAGCACACCGAUCGUUAAAUAAGCGGUUUGCAAUGUACUUUCAGUAAUGUUUGGCAGUCAAAUCUCAAACCAAACCUGGUAUUAGUGCACCUGUCUUCACUUUGCCAUCAUAGUACAAGUAAUCAAGGUUGAUAUACAAACAGGGGUGUAAAUUGUCACUAGCCGGACAGUUUUAUGUCAGAGCUGGUUAAAAUAUUCAGUAUUUACUAUGCAAAUAUAAGUUGGCAAUAUUAUUUGUCAAAAUCUGCAUGUGGGCUACCUCUCUAAGUAUGAAAGGAUAGUGUAAGGAUGCCCAUUUGGGCCUUCAGUUCCCAGUUUCUCAAAGGUUGGUUACAUAUAACCAGUGGUUGGUGAACAAUUCUAAUUGUUACCAAUAAGAAGCAAGGGCUUUCAAAAAAUAAUGAAAUCUUCAAAACACAUCAAUCUGGCUUGUCUCCACCGAACUAGCAUUGAAAUGAUAUCAGAUGUUCUUGAUUUUGUUAUAUUAAUAUUUCAAAAUUUUCCCUAAUCACUGGCUUACUCUAAUCAACCUUUGAGCAACCCGGGCUGGGUGGUUAUCACCAGCAACCAUAUUUAUGAUUCUGGUCCCCCACUUUAGCCCCUCAUAUACUAGAAUGGUCACCAAGCUGAUCUUAAUUUCAUGUCAUUUCAUAAGGGUAACCCCAAGGUAUGUAUACAUGCAUAAAAUAAAACUUAUUGGUGAUAGCCACCAGGAGGCCCAUAUUUCUUUUAACUCUUCUGAUACAAUGUACCAGACUAGUAAAUUUAUAACAAGCUACUGCUAUUUUUGCAACAAUUAAUUUUUAAUUAUGUAUUUUAUUACAACAGUACUGUAAGUCUAAACAUCAACUUUGCAAUAAAACUUGAAAAAUUUGAUUAAAACAGGGGUGUACAUAUGAUUAUUGCAUUGGUGUCAGUCCCGGCGUGCUAGUGAAGGACCUCGUCAUGACGAAGGGCUCUGACCUUCAGAGAGGUAUAUAUAUGCUUGGGUAGUAAACUUACAAAAAGUACAACUACAGAGGGAGUCACUUACUCAUAACACACUUUGAAAUAUGUCAAAAUUCAAUUAAAUUGCAAUCAUUUAUGUAUGGCUGGGGACUUCUGAUCUUACUAAAAAGGAGGGAGAAAUCAUAAAAAUCUCUGGGUUUUUGGCAAUGAGGUGUCUCAUGACAUUGUGAUUCAUAAGUACACCCGAGCCAAGUAUUCUGUCUCUACUCUACACAAUACAUCUCCAGAACACACACAGGCAUACACACACAGGGAGAUAUUAGCCAGGUGGCAUAGGACUAGUA